AUGACAGACCUCUUAAGAAGUGUUGUCACCGUCAUUGAUAUAUUCUACAAAUACACCAAGCAAGAUGGAGAAUGUGGCACACUGAGCAAGGAUGAGCUAAAGGAACUUCUGGAGAAAGAGUUUCGUCCAAUUCUGAAGAAUCCAGAUGAUCCAGAUAAAGUAGAUGUCAUCAUGCAUAUGCUGGAUCGAGAUCAUGACCGAAGACUAGACUUCACCGAGUUUCUUCUGAUGGUGUUCAAAUUGGCUAUGGCCUGCAACAAGGUUCUUGGAAAAGAAUACUGUAAAGCUUCAGGGUCAAAGAAGCCUAGGCAUGGUCAUCAAAAUCGAAAGGAAGAAAGUGAAACAGAAGAGGAAGAAGAGAUACCAAGACGGAAAUCAGGUUUCAGACAUUCAAGUUGGAGUGAGGGAGAGGAGCAUGGACACAGUUCUGGGAGCUCGUGGGGAACUGCAAAACCUCGACGUAGGUCCAACUCCAGGAGGUUGGAAAGGCACAGUGAAUUAUCCAGCUCAGAGGAACCCAGGAGAAAAUACCAUGGGUCUAGCUCUGGUCAAUCUUGGAGCAGUAACAAAGAGAGACAUGGUUCCAGCUCUGAAGAGCUAGAAGAAAAAAGAAACAAGUCACAUGGUAGGUCCUCUAGAGAAGCUGGGGAAGAAUAUGAAUCUGGAUCUAGGUUAAACAGUCAGGGAAGGAAAGGUCAUAGUGGAUUGUCACAUGGACUGGAGAAGAGCAAACAUGAACCAAAUUCUACUCAGUCAAGAAAGGGUGGAGAACAAAAGCUUGAGCCUAGCUCUGCAAGUUCAGAAAACAGCAAAACACAAAGUCAUGCAUGUGGUCACAGCAAUUCUAGUGGAUGUUGCAGACCACAAAGUGCUUCAAGUUCUUGUCAGGCAAGUACAUCUGGGAGGCAAGGAAGUCAGUCUUGCUCUACCCAGUCACGAUGUCAAUCAGGAACUAGUGGAGGACAAGGCUAUGGAUGUGUCUCUGGAGGUCAGUCGUCUAGAUGUUGUCAAACUGAACCUAGAUCCUGCAGCCAGUCUUCUAGUCAGAGAGGGUAUGGAUGUGGUCAUGCAGAGCACUGUGGAAGACAGCAGAGCACGAGCUCACAUCAUUCGUCAUGCUGUGGAUCUGGAGCAACCCAAAAUUCUGGUUAUGGUCAGCACGGAAGCAGUUCCUGUGGACACUCUUCAAGCUCUCAUCAGAAGGGGUGUUGUUCAAAUGAACAUUCCAAAUGUGGUCAUCAUGGGUCUGGUUCAGGGCAGCCAUCCUGCUGUGAACAACAUGGAACAAAUUCAAGACAGUCCUCUGGCUUUAAACAACAUGGGCAUGGAUCAGGACAGUCUUGCUGUGGCCAGCAUGGUACGGCAUCAGGUCAAUCCUCAGGUUGUGGUCAACAUGGGCAGCAUGCAUCUGGUUCAGGUCAGUUGUCUGGUUGCAGUGACCAAAGGUCUGGUUCUGGUCAGUUAUCUAGUUCUGGGCAGCAUGAGUCUGGCCCAGGUCAGUCAUCUGGCUAUGGGGGACAGGGAUCUGGAUCUGGUCAGUCAUCUAACACUUGGAAACAUGGAUCUGGUCCAAGUCAGUCAUCUGGUUAUGGGAGACAAGAGUCUGGUUCAGGUCAGUCAUCUAGCUCUGGGCAGCAUGGGUCUCACUCGGGUCAGUCAUCUAGCUCUGGGCAGCAUGGGUCUCACUCAGGUCAGUCAACGGGUUAUAGAAGGCAUGGGCAUAGUUCAGGUCAGUCAUCGAGUGCUGGGCAGUAUGAGUCUGGCCCAGGUGAGUCAUCUGGGUAUGGAGAACAUAAAUCUGGUUCAAGUCACUCAUCUAGUUCUUGGCAGAACAGGUCUCAUUCAGGACAGUCAUCUGGUGUUGGGCAGCAAGGGUAUGGACACGGUCAGUCAUCUCCAUAUGGGUCUGGCCCAAGUAAGUCUUCUGGAUAUGGGAGACAUGGGUCUGGCUCUAAUAAGUCAUUUGGCUCAGGUCAGGAAAAAUAUGGACAUGAGGAAGUUCACCAUGGAGAGUCAAGCUCCAAAGGUCAUGGAAGACAGGAAACACCUAAAAGACAGUCAGGGGACAGCAGUAGACAACCUCAGUCUAGACAAGAACAGCCCUCAAAUUCAGGGCCUUCAAGAAGACCCAGAAGGACACCUGUCCACAGUGAAUCCAGUGAAAGUGAGGAACACACAGUAGUUUCAAGAAGACAUUCUGGAUCUCCUCAGGGACAUGGUGGACAUCAGCAGGGAGAGUCUGGGACUGCAGCUCAUGAGAGACAGGAAAGUCCUCAGAGACAAUCUAGGGACAGCAGUAGAGUGUCUCAGUCUGGGCAUGAGCAGCCCUCACAUUCAGGGCCUUCAAGAAGACCAAGAGGGGCACCAGUUCACCCCGAGUCCAGUGAAAGUGAGGAACACACAGUAGUUUCUAGGAGACAAUCAGGAUCUCCUCAGGGACAUGGUGGACAUCAGAAUAGAGAGUCUGGGACUGCAGCUCAUGAGAGACAGGAAAGUCCUCAGAGACAAUCUAGGGACAGCAGUAGACAGUCUCAGUCUGGGCAUCAGCAGCCCUCACAUUCAGGUCCUUCAAGAAGUCCAAGAAGGACACCAGUUCACCCUGAGUCCAGUGAAGGUGAGGAACACUCAGUUGUUUCUAGGAGACACUCAGAAUCUUCUCAGGGUCGUGGUAGACAUCAGCAUGGAGAAUCAGAGUCAGCAGGUCAUGGAAGUCAGGGAGGUCCUCAACUACAAUCUAGAGAAAGCAGUAGACAGUCUCAGUCUGGGCAUGAGCAGCCAUCACAUGGUGGCUCUCAGAGAAGACCCAGAGGGGCACCAGUUCACCCCGAGUCCAGUGAAGGUGAGGAACACUCAGAAGUGUCUAAGAGACAUGCAGAAUCUUCUCAGGGUCAUGGUGGUCACCAGCAUGGAGAGUCAGGGUCAGCAGGUCAUGGAAGCCAGGGAGGUCCUCAAAGACAAUCUAGGGACAGCAGUAGACAGUCUCAGUCAGGACAUGUGCAGCCCUCACAUUCAGGGCCUUCAAGAAGUCCAAGAGGGGCACCAGUUCACCCCGAGUCCAGUGAAAGUGAGGAACACACAGUAGUUUCUAGGAGACAGUCAGGAUCUCCUCAGGGACAUGGUGGACAUCAGAAUAGAGAGUCUGGGACUGCAGCUCAUGAGAGACAGGAAAGUCCUCAGAGACAAUCUAGGGACAGCAGUAGACAGUCUCAGUCUGGGCAUGAGCAGCCAGCACAUGGUGGCUCUCAGAGAAGACCCAGAGGGGCACCUGUUCACCCAGAGUCCAGUGACAGUGAACAACACACAGUAGUUUCAAGGAGACAUUCAGGAUCUCCUCAAGGUCAUGGUGGACAUCAGCAUGAAGAGUCAGGGUCAGCAACUCAUGGAAGCCAGGGAGGUUCUCAUCGACAAUCUAGGGACAGCAGUAGACACUCUCAGUCUGGACAUGUGCAACACUCACAUUCAGGAGCUACAAAAGGUCCAAGAGGGACACCUGUUCACCCUGAGUCCAGUGAAGGUGAGGAACACUCAGUAGUUUCAAGGAGACAUUCAGAAUCUUCUUGGGGUCAUGGUGGUCACCAGCAUGGAGAAUGGGGGUCACCAGGUCAUGAAAGCCAGGGAGGUCCUCAAAGGCAAUCUAGGGACAGCAGUAGACAGGCUCAGUCUGGGCAUGAGGUGACCUCACAUUCAGGAGCUACAAAAGGUGCAGGAGGGACACCUGUUCACUCUGAGUCCAGUGAAGGGGAGGAACACACAGUAGUUUCUAGGAGAUACUCAGGAUCCACUAAGGGUCAUGGUGGACUUCAGCAUGGCACAGUCCACAGAAGCCAAAGGGGUCCUCAAAGGCAAUCUGGGGACAGUAGUACACAGCCUCAGUCUGGCCAUGCUGAAUCCUCAGAGUCACGGUUUGGGAGAAGUCCUAGGGAGUCACCUGUUCACAGUGAUUCCAGUGAGCAUGAGGAGCACUCAGUAGCAUCAAGGAGAUACUCAGGAUCCACUAAGGGCCAUGUUGGGCUUCAGUCCCAUAGAGACCCUAAAUCACAACAUGGAGAGUUGGGUUAUAGUCGUACUGCAACACAUAGUACUCACUGGCAGUCAAGGGAUGGUCUAAGCAAACAAUCAAGCAACGCACAUGUCCAGUCUGAUACAAGGCAUUAUAGGUCACAUAGUACUGGCAACCAAUAUAGUUCUAGUCAACGUUGGAGACAUGGCAGCUAUGGUCGUGAAGAUUAUGACUAUGGACAAUCGGGAUAUGGACCUUCUGAAGGCAGCAGAACUAGCAGUCGCAAUUCUAGUCCUUUGAGGUCAUCACAUAGAACUACACACACACAAGUGUCAAGAUAUGGACAGUCUUUCUCUCUUUCUCACCAUGUAGGAUCCAAAGCAAAUGAAGGAAUGGGAGAGCUGGUGUUAAAAUAUAGAGAAUCAGAUACAGAUCAUGGGCAGCCAGUUGAUCACUACAAUCUGAUUGGAUCCAGUACAAGUGGAACUCUAGUCUCUAGUCUUGGCCAUUUUGGAGUAACACCUGAGCAUUUGAAUGACUGUGAUUUUAAGUACAGAUACAGUCUGAAAGGAAAACAAGAAACUACUCAAAACCAGCCAGUUGACCAAUCUGUUUUUGGCCAUAGUCAAUAUAUAUUAUUUCAGGACAAUUCGGAAUCCAGUUCAAUUGGAAAUCAAUCUGGAUUCAGCACUAAUAAAAGUCAAGUAUAUAACCAUGGCCAAUCAAAUGAUAGCUACCAGCUAUCAAGUGACAGUAGAAAUAGAAACCAAAGAUCUUCUCUCAACAGCUCUCUUCAGAGCCUAUCCUGUAUGGGAACUGAAGAGUGUAACUAUUUACCAUGUGUAACCACAUCGGGUGAGGGGAGACAAGGACAGGAGCCAGGAUCAGAUUCAUCAGGGAAUAUCAGAAUAUAUAGUCAAUAUGUAGAUGACAAGGAGACAAGAGACUCUGAAUCCAGAGGUUACCAUGAAAAGGGGGAGAUGAAUUCAGCUUCUGCCUACAUAGAUAGCAACACUCCACUAUACACAUAUGUCCAAGAACAAAAAUACCACUAUUUUUAUUGA